CAGUAAGAACAACUACAACAACAACAGCGAAACAAAAGCGUUGCGAUAACUUUUUGUUUCGAUAUUUUAAUUGUACUGGAAUCAUUGCGAAAUUGGCUUGAGCAUGAAACGCUUCUGGCAUUUAGACGGAGCUGCUCGUGGUUGGAAUAAGCAAAAAAAUCUACAAUAAAGUUUUUCUUAAUUAUUUUUAAAUAUUCAAAAGCAUAAGCAAAAUAUUUCCAAAUUGAAUUUUCUUCUCAAACGGCAGAAUGAGCAGGAUUAAGGCAAUCUUACAUCCUGUGAAAAAGGAAUUCAGCACGAAAAAGUGUGGUUUUGAUCACACACCUGCGGAUGAUUUUGUUAAAUCACAGUGGCAAAAUUGUAGUAAAAGUAAUGCAUAUUUAAUUUAUCGUUGGUUUAUUGCAAUUUUCUUCAUCGGUGUUGUUUUGGAAUCCAUGAUUAAUCAAGAGGACCAAGGCAGUUUCUGGCUGUACUUUAUCUAUAUGACCAACUGGGGAAUAAUUCUGUGCAUGUUAACAAAUUUAUUGGGUGCUAUAUUGGUAACGACCUGGCAUUAUCAUCCAGAGUAUGCAGACAAACUAUUAAAUAUGGAAUCGUUAACUAGUCCAUUUCGAGUCUAUUGGAGCAUGCACAUUAUUUCGCUGGUUGCUUCAAUUAUAAUCACUAUCAUAUAUUGGACAGUGUUGUACAAUGCUGAACAGAGCUCAUUAAGCGUAACAAAUGUCCUCACACAUGCCUUUAAUUCUAUUUGUAUGUUCGUUGAUUUGCUUAUAGUGGCACAUCCUCUACGUUUAUUACAUUUAUUCCUACCAGUUCUAUUUGGAAUAGUCUAUGCAAUAUUUUCCUACAUCUAUCAAAUGUUGGGAGGAAUAAACAGAAAAGGCAAGCCAUACAUAUAUCAUGUUAUUGACUGGAGCCGUCCAAAGAACGCAUUUCUCACAGUAGUCGUAAUAUUAACAUUAUGUAUCAUUGUGUAUAUGAUACUCUUCACUAUCUAUAAGUUGAGGACUCUACUUUAUAAACGUUUGAAUAGUUCCAUAUAUAAACUACCAACAAAUGUUAAAUGUACUGGAAAAUCAGUCAAGAACACAAAUAUAGGUGAAAGCGGUACUGGUAUACAACAUUCACCCUCGGGAAUUUCUAUGGUUUUAAGUAAUUUUAGUGGUUGUGAAAAUCCUGCUUACACUGUAAGCAGCGAAAAUAUUAAACAUAAGAUAUAGGCUAAACUGCUUUCAAUCUUCAUGUAGUCCAUAGUUGUCAUAUAGAAGAAUUUUUUUUAGUAUAAUUAUGAGUGUGAUUUUAUUUAGUAAUUGUAAAGAUUAUAAUUUUAGUGAACAUUACUUAUUAAUAGAUAAGUUCUUUUAAAACAAUGUAAACACAUAAAAAUAACAAUCAAUAUAAAUUAGGAAGAAAUGGUUCACGUUGUUAGCUAAAUUAAUUGAAUGAAUAUAUCUAAGCUGUGGAUACGACUA